AUGGUGAAUACGCGUUCGCGCCGAGUAUUAGCAAUGAGUGAUACAAAUGAAUCCGUGCCGCCGCCCCAGGUCGGGCAGGCCGCAGGAUUGGUGUUACCCGCUGAUGUCGUGUCCGGCGUGCGUACGAGCGCCGACGCGACGCUCCAUGCCUCGCCGCAGCGCCCAUCGCCAUCUUUACACGUGCCGUUCGCGCAUGGUGCGGACGCACCAGGCCACGGUGCGCCGACAGAGAUACCUACGACACCUACUCCCGUAAUUAUGACGGACCAGCAGCUAAGUGUUAUUUUACAAUCUUUACGUAUGCCGCCGACUUCGUAUACGCCACCGCCUGAAUACGGUGCCUAUGUGUUACCGAACUUUGCAAACUGCACCGCACGUUUUGACGGCUCAGAGGAGCUUUUUGAAAAGGGACGUAGUCACCGUAGAGCGCCGGAUGCAGCCGUGCUUCCUAUCCCGGAGACGUCUCGAGCUUCUUGCGUACCUACCGCAUCAAAAGCACUGAGCCAUAGGCCCCGAUGUGUGUACUGCAAACAAUAUGGUCACGCGAGGGAGGAUUGUAACAGGUUGAAAGAAAAGGCGUCGAGUGUAAUAAAAGCAGAGAAAUCACCUGAGCGAUCUCAAAUAACUUGUUUCUGUUGUGGAACGCCCGGUGUUAUACGUGCAAAGUGUAUAAAGUGUAGUAAAACCGCCGCGAAUUCCGCGUUUCACACAGUGUCCGCAAUCGGGUCGAAGCCGGUAGAUCCGAGGAGUCGACCACUCCUAGAAGUGUUAGUGUACGGUGCUAGGGGUCGUGUAUUGGUCGAUACCGGGGCGAAACAUUGUAUCGCGAGUGAAAGCUUAAAAGCUCAUUUAUAUAAGAAUAACCAUAAAUUUGUUAAAGUUAGGAUAGAAUUGAAAUUUGCUGAUGGCACUGUAAAAAAUUUAGUUGUUGAUACUGCUCAAGUGGAGGUGACGGUGUUAGACAUAGUAGUGUCGACACUUUUUAUCGUUCUUCCCGGUGCCACAGAUUCGCUGUUAGGCAUGAAUUUCAUUAAGGAUUCUGAUAGUUUUCGCGUAGCAUGCUCGACUGUGGGUCUCCCACACGAUGAGGGAACUGUUUUGAAACCUGAAGAGAGGCGAGAGUUAUCAGAUGUUCUGGAAAGGAACCAGGAUGUCUUUGAGCCAGGGGGAGCCCCUACGACUCUGGCCGACCAUCGCAUUGAUCGUGGAGAUCAUGCGCCAGAUCGAGUAACCUUUGGAACUCAAUACCUCAAGUCAUGUGACAUAUGUAAGCAAUAUAAGCCUACAAACCUGAAACCCACGGUUCUAUUGCAGACUCCGACCCCUCAACAACGCUGUGAAGUGUUAGCGAUGGAUCUGUUCGGUCCACUACCAGCUGAAAGCCAAGGGGAGGUCAAAUGGAGUAUCGGGGAGCAACAGGAUCGCCGUAAAGCUGUGAAGGACCAACGCCGACGACCAACAGCAAGGUUUAAAGAAGGUGACCUCGUGUGGGUGGAGAUGCACAGUCACAGCAAUGCUGAGAAAGGGGUCACCCGGAAAUUCGCGCCGCGUGGGGAAGGUCCGUAUAAAAUUUCAACAGCCGUCUCUCCAACUACUUUUGAAGUGAUAGAUAAAGAGGGAGAGGUUAAGGGCAAGUACCAUGCCAGCGCGUUGUCUUUGUAUCAAGGGACUUCUAGGUCUGACGCUGUCACCCUGCGUAAGAGAGGACGUCCAGCCAAGUCUCAACCACCUAGUAGUGGCUGUGACUUGGAGGGGGAGGAUAUAGCGAACGGAAUUCAAAUAUUAAAAGAUGAUGCAAUACGACACCCCCGCCGCACGCGCCGCCCGCCGACCCGCUAUCGCGGACGGGAGGGG